UGUUUAAAAGUCUGCCUGGUCAUCAGAUUCCAGUCGUCUUGUUUCUGCCUCAGAUGAUAAAACUCUAAAAUUAUGGAAUGUGAGAUCUGGAAAAUGUUUGAAAACACUGCAGUAAUUAUGUCUUUCGUUGCAACUUCAAUAGCAUGUAUAUUUUACAGACUUUCAUGACCAUUAAUCAUCUCCUAAAACUGGGGAAAGCUCUCUAAAGCCUCCUUAAGAGUAACCUUAUCCGUUACCCUAUUCCACCAACCUCUUUGUCCUUUUCUGUUUCAAGCAACUUUGAGAUCCCGACUUCUCUAUGGAAGCUUAAGCCGUAGAUGCUAAAACAAACGUUUGCUCGUUACUCCCAGCAGAGCACCGGCUUUUAAAGGACCUCAACAGACACGUUUCUUAACCCUGAUGAAGCUUUUACAGGGGAAACUUAAACCAGGAAUUUUACAAUCUGGCAUAAAUUCUGUCACCCGCCCCGUGACUCCAUCGCCACACAUGCCACCAGGCUCCACACCACAACAAACAGGAGGGAGCGGAACCCAUGCAAAGCAGGAGCUUCCCCCGUUUCCGGCGUCUGGGUGGAUCUACGUUAGCUGCCGUUUAGGCAGCUUACGCGUCAAGUGUGGGCCUAAGCCUGCAGCUAAGGUAGGCAUCAGCAAAUCUAGUCCUUCUCUGUGACAAUUUCCAAAAAGAAAUGGUUUUUGAAACAACGAUCCACUGCUUCCCACACUAUCCAUUCCAGUCAGGUCCGGGACACACCCUACCCAGCUAAUGCACUCACCCAAGAAGGCAGUCGCUUUCGCAUUUGAAGGGCGGGUCGAAAAAGACCGGAAAUGAACAUUGGCGACUUUUUUUACGCAGGCGCAGAUGGCCGUCUCCCAUUGGUCAUCUCUGCUCGGUAGUGGUAGGAGGGACUUCCUUUGCACAUGCGCCAGGCUGCUUUUCCGGCUUUGUUGGAGAUUGACGCGGCAGUGCACACCUGCUGGUGCGUGCAAAAGUAGCAGACAGGCCAGAGUUUCCAGUUUCGGUGGCUUCGUAGGCUUUUAGCUUCUGAAAUCCGCUAAAAGCGGCGGUUCAUUCAUCUUCAAGUACCUAACCUGACUGGUAGGGCUGCUCAGCAUUCUGAAACAUUUCGACCUGGGGAGGGGGCGGCGGUGAAAGAAUACUUUCUGUAGAGAGUGCCCCUCGCGUCGCCCCUGCUUUGAAGGCUUUACGUAUUAACGGAAUGCCGAACAUUUGUGUCCUACUUGCUGACAGCGCACAGGAUCCUUCUAACAGUACUUCUCAAGUACUUAACAAAAAGAUGAAAACCUGAAGUCCAAGCCGUGCUGCUGAUUCCGUCUAUCUCACAGUUUAAAGACUGUCCAGAAACUUUAAGCUUUCAAAACUGUACAUUUUAAAAUCCUGUGCGUUUAUCUUCAUUUUGCUGGGCAGAAAGCCAAAGUACUGGACUGCCUGGUUCAGGGCUGAACGCCUAGUACACCUGCUAACUUGGAGCUUCAGAGCCAUGGCAACCAAGGAGUCAGGAGACGCCAAAGCACAGUUGGCCCUCUCCUCAUCGGCCAAUCAGAGCAAGGAAGUGCCUGAAAACCCAAACUAUGCUCUCAGAUGUACUCUCGUGGGACACAGGGAAGCAGUGUCAUCAGUUAAGUUUAGUCCUAAUGGAGAAUGGCUAGCAAGUUCUUCUGCUGAUAGGCUAAUCAUAAUUUGGGGAGCAUAUGAUGGAAAAUAUGAGAAAACACUCUACGGUCAUAAUUUGGAAAUAUCGGAUGUUGCCUGGUCAUCAGAUUCCAGUCGUCUUGUUUCUGCCUCAGAUGAUAAAACUCUAAAAUUAUGGGAUGUGAGAUCUGGAAAAUGUUUGAAAACACUGAAGGGGCACAGUAAUUAUGUCUUUUGUUGUAACUUCAAUCCGCCAUCCAACCUAAUAAUCUCGGGAUCUUUUGAUGAGACUGUAAAAAUAUGGGAGGUGAAAACAGGAAAGUGUCUCAAGACUUUGUCUGCUCAUUCUGACCCAGUUUCUGCUGUUCAUUUUAAUUGUAGUGGGUCCUUGAUAGUGUCAGGUAGCUAUGAUGGCCUCUGUAGAAUCUGGGAUGCUGCAUCAGGUCAGUGUUUAAAAACGCUCGUUGAUGACGAUAACCCUCCUGUCUCUUUUGUAAAAUUUUCCCCAAAUGGUAAAUACAUUCUCACUGCAACUUUGGACAACACUCUUAAACUAUGGGAUUAUAGCAGAGGCAGGUGCCUGAAAACAUACACUGGUCAUAAGAAUGAGAAAUAUUGCAUAUUUGCCAAUUUUUCGGUUACUGGUGGAAAGUGGAUUGUGUCUGGUUCCGAGGAUAACCUGGUUUACAUUUGGAACCUUCAGACUAAAGAGAUUGUGCAGAAAUUACAAGGCCAUACAGAUGUUGUGAUCUCAGCAGCUUGUCAUCCUACAGAAAACCUCAUCGCAUCAGCAGCAUUAGAAAAUGACAAAACAAUUAAACUGUGGAUGAGUAACCACUAAUCCCUUUGAAAAUCAAGUAGUAGAGCCAAGUUGGCCAAAAAACUUGGAUAUUUAAAAAGGUGGUUUCUUUUAAUUUUGGCAGUUUGGUAUUUUAAAAAUUGUCUAUUGUUAAAUUUUGAGAUUCAUACACUACAUUUACAAAAUGAGAUAGUUGAAAAAGCACAUCUAGAAUUCAGCUUCUGACUACCAAUCUUUUUUGAGCAACUUUUUGUAAUUUUUAUGGAUUUAUAUCUAUGUCACUUUUAUUACAGGGAUAUAUUGCAUAGUGGUGAAAUCUGGGCGUAGUAUACCCUCACCCAAAUAGUAUACAUUGUACCUAGUAAAUACUUUCCCAUCUCUCACCCCACUCCCACCUUUGAAGGCUCUAGUGUCUAUGAUUCUGCUCUCCAUGUCCAGGUGUACACAUUGUUUAUCUCCCACUUGUGAGAACAUGUGGUUUUUGACUUUCUGUAUCAUUACUUCACUUAAUGGCCUCCAGGUCCAUCCAUGUUGUUGCAAAAGAUAAGAUUUCAUUCUUUUUUUA